UCAAAUUAUCCCAAAUAAAAACGGGGAUAACAAUAUACGCAGCACAUCAUAACCAUCCCACGGCCACAAUGCUUAGACUCAUCUUCUCAUCAUCCAAAUCAAAACUUUCAAGGAUACCCAUUAAGGGGUUUGCAUCAAUUCCUAAUCUUUAUGGUAUCCGAGGCAGUUUCUCGUCCUGGUAUUCGCUAAAUGGAGCAAGGGGCUUCAGCAGUGAAUCAUGCAGGGAAGCGAUUAACUAUGAUGUGGUGAUCGUCGGAGCCGGUCCUGCCGGAUUGUCAGCGGCCAUUAGACUGAAACAGUUGUGCCGUGAUAAAAACACCGACCUGUCCGUUUGCGUUGUUGAGAAAGGCGCAGAAGUGGGUGCCCAUAUUUUGUCUGGAAAUGUAUUUGAACCUCGAGCUUUGGAUGAACUUAUCCCACAAUGGAGGCAGGAAAAGACACCAAUUGAUAUUCCCGUUUCUUCAGAUAAUUUUUGGCUGCUUACUAAGGAUCAUGCAUUUUCUCUUCCAAGUCCAUUUGAAAAUAAAGGAAACUAUGUUAUAAGUUUGAGCCAAUUAGUCUGUUGGUUGGGAGAGAUGGCUGAAGAUUUAGGAGUUGAAAUAUACCCAGGCUUUGCUGCUAGUGAGUUAAUUCCAGAUUCUAUACAAUGAAAGUGAUGAGGUCAUUGGUAUUGCAACUAACGAUAUGGGAAUGGCUAAAGAUGGCUCUAGGAAAGAGAACUUCCAGCGGGGAGUGGAACUGAGAGGGCGUCUUACUCUCCUUGCAGAGGGUUGUCGGGGAUCUUUAUCAGAGCAACUGAUUGGGAAAUACAAAUUGAGGGAGAAAGGGAACGGGCAACAUCAGACAUAUGCUUUAGGAAUCAAAGAGGUGUGGGAAAUUGAUGCGAAUAAACACAUACCUGGGUAUGUGCUUCAUACCUUAGGUUGGCCCUUAGACCACAAGACAUAUGGAGGAUCUUUCGUGUAUCAUAUGAAAGACAGGCAGGUUGCAAUUGGCCUUGUGGUUGCUCUAAAUUAUCACAACCCUUUCUUGAACCCAUAUGAGGAAUUCCAGAAAUUAAAGCAUCAUGCUGCAAUUAGACCAUUUCUUGAGGGUGGAACUGUUCUACAAUAUGGUGCUCGUACUUUAAAUGAAGGAGGUUACCAGUCUAUUCCAUAUCCAGUUUUCCCUGGUGGGGCAAUUAUAGGAUGCUCAGCAGGAUUCCUAAACGUACCAAAAAUAAAGGGAACUCAUACGGCCAUGAAAUCAGGAAUGCUAGCAGCAGAAUCUGCAUUUGAAAUGCUUGGGAGAGGGUCAAAUAUGGAAACUUAUUGGGACAACUUAAAAAGUUCGUGGAUAUGGAAAGAACUUUACCAUGCAAGGAAUUAUCGUCCUGCAUUCGAAUACGGGCUCUUUCCUGGUUUGGCAUUGAGUGCUGUAGAACACUAUAUAUUCAAGGGAAGGUCUCCAUUGACAUUUAAGCACGGGAAACCUGAUCAUAAAGCAACAAAUGACGCAAAAUCAUCAUUUCCCAUUGAGUACCCAAAACCAGAUGGAGCCAUCUCUUUUGACAUACUCACCUCCGUGUACAGGAGCAACACGAAUCAUGAUCAUGACCAGCCGGCCCACCUUCUAUUAAAAGAUUCCACUACAACUCCACAAGUUGUUAACUUGCUUAAAUAUGCUGGACCGGAAUCACGAUAUUGCCCUGCCAGAGUUUAUGAGUAUAUACCAGACGAUAAUGGUCAGCUGAAGUUGCAUAUUAAUGCUCAAAACUGCUUGCAUUGUAAGGCAUGCGAUAUAAAAGAUCCUAUGCAGAACAUCAAAUGGACAGUUCCAGAAGGGGGUGGUGGCCCAGGCUAUACAGUCAUGUAGAAGAUUUUUUGUGGGAACUGUAUAUUAUACCUACAAACUUGAAAAGAGAGAUAUUUGAGUGGACAUGGUCCGGUUCUAAUCCAGUUUCGGAUCGGCUCAAGUUACCAGAAUAAUGUUGAUAAGCUAAAAAUAAGGUUAUACUCCGUAAUUAUUAAUGGAGCGUUUUGAUUGAAAAAGAGAAGUUUACAACAUUUGUUAAAAUUUUUUUUUUUUAUGUCUACCUC